CCCCUUUCUCUCCGACAUAUUAAACACACACACACACACACACACACACACACACACACACACACAAACACACACACACACACACACAAACACACACACGCGCACACACACACACAAACACACACACACACACACACAUACACACACACACACACACACACACACACACACACACACACACACACCCGCAGACGGACCCAGGCAGUGCGUUCGUAAAACCGGCUCAGUCCGCGCCUCUCUCCUUUUCUCUGUCUGUCUGUCUGCCUCACUCUCUCUCUCUCUCUCUCUCUCACAAAAAUCUCACACUGCAAAAAAAAACUCAGACGGUUCAUGGCUCUCACCAAAGCUCCACCAUCUUUCCAGCUGCAAAGAUUAUUGCCAUCUAAUCAACAGAUAUGGUCCGGAAAAAGAAUCCACCAUUGAGAAAUCUCGUGAGCCAAGGAGAAGGUGAAGAUUGCCAGGUCCCUCAGCCAGAGAGUGCCGUCAAUCAGGAGACCCUUGUAAACUCAGGACCCUCGGACCCCAUGCAGGAACAUAACAGCCAACAAGAUGCACUAGAGUCUGCCAACAAGGAGGAACACUGUCUGCGUGUCGCAGACGUAGCCGGCAUCAAAAGCGACUUGAAAAGCCCCGCACUGGGCGAAGGGAAUGGCUUCAAUUAUAAAAGCCACAAGAAGGGAGGAAAUGUUCCAUCCUUCCCGCAAGAUGAGGUGACAGACAGAAAUAUGCCUGCUCUCUCAUCUCAGGCUGCUAGCGGAGCCUGCGAGGCCUGCAAGUCUCCGGGCAGAUCAGAACCAGAUGAUGGCGAUGGCAGGAGCUGCAACGUAUCUGGGAAGCUCCUGGAAUUAAACCACACUGCUCAAGCCUCACCCAAAAGUGGGCGCGAGAAGGUGCAGCCGCCACAGGGUGACCCAGCUGACCAGCCCCCUGUCACCCAGGGCGCGACGCCUUCAGAGAACUCUCAGGUGCUCUCGGAUGGGGCUGUGGCACCUGACAAAGCAAAAGCCGACCAGUUGACUGACAACCCAGAGGCGGUGCCCCUCACUCCAGAACUGCAAGACUUCAAGUGCAACAUUUGUGGUUAUGGCUAUUAUGGGAACGACCCGACCGAUCUGAUCAAGCAUUUCCGCAAAUAUCACCUGGGCUUGCACAAUCGCACCCGCCAAGACUCAGAUCUGGACUCCAAGAUCCUGGCGUUACAUAACAUGGUGCAGUUCUCUCAGUCCAAAGACUUUCAGAAACUUAGCCGAAACACGGGCUUGCUAACUGGGAUGCUACAGGACCUGAACGCUCAGCGACCUGCUUUGUUAAAUGGGACCUACGACAUACAUGUCACUCUGGGAGGAAUGUUCAUUGGCAUCGGGCGGAAAACCCCUGACUGCCAAGGCAACACCAAGUAUUUCCGAUGCAAGUUCUGCAACUUCACCUACAUGGGCAGUUCACCCGGCGAGCUGGAGCAGCACUUCGUGUCUGCGCAUCCCAACAAGAUGAAGAGCGCGCCUUCCGCCGUGGAGCCCGGGAAGGACCCCUGUAAGUCGGAGAAAAACAGCGGCAAAGGCAGCCCCGCCACUGAGCGCCACUUACCUCGGCCGUCGGACCCAGAGGAUAUGGGGAAAUGGCAGGACAAGGCCACUAUCAAAGCCGCAGAUGACACCCCGAUCGGCUACUCGGUCCCCAUCAAAUCCAUGGACAGCUCCAAACAGAAUGGGAUGGACUCCACCUGUUACUUCUGGUGUAGGUUCUGCAGCUUCAGCUACGAGUCCUCCGACACCUUAAAGCUGGCGGACCAUUACAACAAGCAGCACCGAGACAACCAGCGCAACAGCUACUUUAACCGAGACUUCCCGGACAAAAUUGGCAAACAAGCGCACGCCCAUCAUCAGAACGACUCGAAAGAGCGCCGGCUUCUUCCGGCUAACAAGCCGGACGGGGAAUUCUCCGUGAAGCCCGAGAAGGGCAGCGCCUCGGCCAAGAAGAAAGACGGGGGCAAGACGGCAGAGGAAGGCAUGGUGACCAGCUACAACUGUCAGCUGUGCAAAUUCAGGUACUCGACCAACCACGGGCCCGACGUGAUCACCGUUGGUCCCCUACUGCGCCAUUAUCAUUACAUCCAUAACGUUCACAAGUGCACCAUUAAACACUGCCAGUACUGCCCGGGUGGGCUGUGCGGCCCGGAGAAACACCUGGGGGAGAUCACCUACCCCUUCGCCUGCAGGAAAGCCAACUGCUCCCACUGCACCCAGUUGCUCUUGCACUCGUCCCAGGGGGCGGCUGGGAGUGCCCGGGUCAGGCACCAGUGCGACCUGUGUCCCUUCGUUGUCCAUGAUGUCGAUGUGCUCCUGCAACACUAUGAGGCGGCGCACGGCUCGCACUAUCCGUGCAGGACCGAACUCGGAGGGGAAGGGCCAGCCACCAGCGAGGAAGCCGAGGAGCAUUGCUGUACCAAAUGCAACUUCGUGACACAGGUCGAGGAAGACAUUUUCCGACAUUACAGGAGGGCUCAUAAUUGCUACAAGUGCCGUCAGUGCAAGUGGAGCGCUCCGGACACUCAGGCAUUACUGGAGCACUUCAACACGGCCCACUGCGGAGCUCCGGAGCCGCCGAGCAGCGGGAGCCCAAGCGGCGGCGAGUCGCCGACAACCCCCAGCACCGGCAACCACAACCCGGGCAACGGUGAGCAGGAGGCUCGGCACCGUACCCCCACCCCGUCCGACAGCAACAACCAACCGCCGCCUCCGGCAGCACCCUCCGAGGACAAGGAGGGGCGAGGCUGGCUGGAGACCUGCAGCAAGGAAGACACGAGGAAGUUGGGGGAGCUGCCAAAGGGGAGCCCGUACCCCAGCCAGACCGGCUCUGCCAGUAUCAGCAGCAGCAGCAGCCAGGAGAGCCUCAAGAACAGCCGCAGGGUCGCCGAGGAAGCUGACGGGGUCUUGCCUGUCUAUGGGAUGCAGCCCACCGAUACCAAGGGCUUCCCGGGAGGGUCACAGCAGCUGCCGGGAGCAGGAGAGAGGGACAAGUCCCGGGCUCUCACUCCCCAGUACCCAACAAACAGCGAGCUGAACAAGGCGAGAGAGGAGUCGCAGACUCUACUGCGGACAGCCACGAAUCAAGGAAAGCCAUGGAACCCAUUCAAAGAAAAACAUCAACAUCUUCCACACUCAAAAAAAAUUAUGCAGACAGCAACAAACAAAACACGAGCAAAAAGCACAGAAUUGAAAGACUGCAGGCAUAUUCACUUCAGCUCAGUGCUCAUUAUCUGCAGGUGCCCCGAUUCAAAAUCGUCUUUAAAAAAAAAAGAGCAGCCAGCAAACAGACGAAGAGGCUCAGGAGUCUUCUGUGCCAACUGCCUAACGACCAAGACAUCUCUGUGGCGAAAGAAUGCAAAUGGUGGAUAUGUCUGCAAUGCCUGCGGCCUGUAUCAGAAACUGCAUUCGACUCCAAGGCCUUUAAAUAUUAUAAAGCAAAGUAAUGGGGAGCAGAUCAUUCGAAGGCGGACCAGAAAGCGGCUUAACCCUGAGGUGCUGCAGACGGAGCAGGUGAACAAGCAGCAGAGAGUAAGCAAUGACGAGCAAGCAAGCGACAGCUCGGUCGAGCGGAAAGUAGAGGAGCACCCUUCCGACAGCCAGCAGCGGGAGCAGCAGCCAUCCAACCUGAGCAAGCUUGAUCUGUACGGUUCCGUGGGUAAGCCACACCAGGGCCAGCCUGCACUGGUGGUUGGCCAGGUGGUAGACCUUCACAGAAGAAUGCAGCCUCUUCAUAUUCCAGUCAAGAGCCCUCAGGAAAGCAGUGUUGACCCAGGAAAUUGUUUGCCGGUAUCAGAAGGGAAGGGCGGUUCAGAACGUGGGAGUCCGAUUGAAAAAUACCUUAGACCUACCAAGCACCCAAAUUACUCACCUCCAGGUAGCCCUAUUGAAAAGUACCAGUAUCCCCUGUUUGGCUUUCAAUUUGUGCAUAGUGAUUUGCAAAAUGAAGCUGAUUGGCUGAGGUUCUGGAGUAAAUAUAAACUAUCAGUCACUGGGAACCAACACUACCAUAUGCCUGGACUAUCAAAUCCUUGCCAAAACUUUGUGCCUUAUCCUGCCUUUAACCUGCCUCCAACUUUCUCGUCCCUUGGAUCCGAUAAUGACAUUCCUCUGGAUCUGGCCACGAAGCAUUCCAGAUCAGGACCAGCUGCAAAUGGCGCCGCGAAGGACAAGGUCAACGCACCGGUGACCGCCGCGGAGGAGAGUGAAGAAAAUGCGGUAAAAACGCCGGACAAAGUUGACCGAGGCACUCAAGACGAAUCACUGACAAAGUGCGUUCAUUGCAGCAUUCUCUUUAUGGAUGAGGUGAUGUACGCUUUGCAUAUGAGCUGCCACGGGGAAGGUGGGCCUUUCCAGUGCAGCCUAUGCCAGCAUUUCUGUACGGACAAGUAUGACUUCAUGACGCACAUUCAGAGGGGCCUGCAUCGAAAUGUGCAAUCGGAUAAAAAGUUGCAAACCUGAGGAAUAGAACUUUUAGUACUGUAACACAACGAGUACAUGUUGCAUUUUAGAAUUUGGGAGAACAAUCAGAAUAUUAUUUUUCUAAAAAAGAGUAAAUGUUAAACAUUUGAAAAUGAUGGUGCCUGACGCAUUGUAUAAUUUUUUUCUAUAAAGUAUGCAACAAAAAUAUUGCAUUAUGCUUUAGAGUCAGAAUACUGAUUCUUUUCUAGCUGUUUACAUGUGCAGAUGUAGCAAAAGAAGAAAUGAAGCACCUAUUUCAAUUUCAUUAGAAUUUUUUUUUUCUCUUUCACAUAGUAGCCCCGAAUACCAUCAUGAAAUAAAUAUGGUUGCUGCGAAUGCAAUGUAUGGAUGAAAAGUAGAUGGACGUAUUUUCAUGCUUAAAUAGGGGGAAAAAAAAGAGGGUAGCACUAUGCAUUCCACUUAAUUAAUAUUAAUGUACUUUGUGUUAUCUAUCAAGGCUCUUAAUUCAUAUUGUUAAGCUUGAAAAGACUAUAUGCACAUUUGUUAAUUGCUUUUCAAUAUUAUGUUUCAAGUGAAACACUUUGGAAUUUGAUGGUUCUUAUCAAAUAAUGUUGGAUUCGCUAUCUUCUGUUGGUUUUGUUUAUUUUUUUUUCCAUUGCAUCAUACAUCAGUCUUAUAAUGAAAUACAGUCUUGCUUCAGUACAGGGGCAGUGUUUCCAAGAGCUUACAAAGCAUUAAACUAAUUUUAGAAGUCUGGAAAUAGAUCAUAGCUUUUACAAUUUUCUUUAGCUUUUCAAAUCUGACAAUAUUAUUCGAUUAUGCCUCCCAGUAAAUAAAUGAUCCAGAUCUGAAGGAAGCAAAAGGAACCAUUGCCUCUGACUUGAAAACAACCGGGACCUGUUCCCAACUUUCAUCAUGCAUGUAAUUUUGUGAUGUUUUUUUUUAAAAUCACACCUACACAUUCUUUCUGUAUCUUCCAUGAAAGCUAUUUCAGACAGAAAUGAGGUCAUUUACAUCUAAACUUGAAUAAUAAAGUUUUACCAAAAGUAUUAAGUGAAGUUUUCUGAUACAGUGACAAUCUAUUUUUGGGCCCUUUGUGAAUUGUGUUUCUGAAUUUGGAUACACAAAAUUUUUUUUGAAUUCCAUCAAUAAAUAGUAAACUCAUAUACACAGAAACGUAAGUAUACGCAAUUAUUGAGGGAAAACCUGGGUGUGUUUUAGUAGUUGUAACUCUCUUAGACUGAAAUGUGUGUUAUAGAUGAGCUUUUGAUGCUCAGACUACAAGCUGCAACAAACACCCAGUUUCUCAGUGCAACAGUAGUUAAUACACUAUUAAUUUAACAAGCACUUUCUUAACCCUGAAGAACUGUAGUAGCUGUUGGUGCAUUUGGAAAUCCACUGAUGCCAGGAGGCCCAAACUUAUUAUUUUCCACCGUCAGUAUUUUCCAUUUGAAGCUGGUUAUUCUUCAAAACCUCUAAGUGAAAUUCAACACAUCCUGAUAUAUAACCACCAAAGGUUGUGCGGCAACAGAUCAGUUGCUUUUCGAGAGUCUCAUUAGUG